AUGUCAUAUUACGGUACCAUUCGUCCAAAGGAUCAGUUUGACGCUGAAGCUGCAGCAGACUCAUUGGAGAAUGCAAUGAAAGGACGAGGAUGCGACAAAAAUCGGAUACUAGAAGUUUUGACCCGUUGCAGUAAUGCUCAGCGACAAAUGAUAAGAACGCCGUACAAAACUAAAUAUGGAAGAGAUUUAAUUACACAGUUGAAGAAGGAACUUUCUGGUGAUUUUGAGGAUGUUAUGAUCGGUCUAAUGGACACUCAGACCAAAUACGAUGUCGUACAACUACGAAAAGCCGUAAAGGGACUUGGAACAAACGAAAAAGUGUUAAUUGAGCUACUUUGUUCGCGAACUAAGGAGGAGAUGAUCGCUAUCAAAAACGAGUAUCAGAACGCAUAUGGAAAAACGCUGGAAAGUGCUAUUAUUGGAGAUACAAGUGGCCUGUUCCAGAGGAUUCUGGUAUCAUUGAUACAAGCUAAUCGAGAUGAAAGUGAUCACGUUGAUCCAGUAAAAGCAAAUCAUGCAAGUCUUUUCAAAACUUCUUGUGGCUUUUUAAUUAUGAAAAAGGACGCUAGAAAACUAUACAAUGAUGGAGAGAAGAAAUUUGGUACCGAAGAAUCGACGUUUACAGCCAUUCUAUUGGCACAAAAUUUCCGCCAACUCGAAUUGGUUUUUAAGGAGUAUGAAAAAAUUGCUGGCCAUCCAAUUGAAAAGGCUAUUGAAUCAGAAUUCAGUGGAGAUGCAAAAGAUGGAUUCUUGACUCUAAUAAAAUGUAUUCGGAAUAAACCAGCCUAUUUUGCUGAGGAACUGUAUAAAUCAAUGAAGGGUUUUGGAACUAGAGACAACGAUCUGAUUCGUAUAAUUAUCUCUCGCUCAGAAAUUGAUUUGGUCCUCAUACGGCAAGAAUUCGAGAAAAUGUAUAAAAAGCCAUUAGAGGAUUUUAUCAAAUCUGAUUGUUCUGGUGCUUACCGAGAUGCAUUAAUUAGUAUUGUUAGAGGCAACUAA